CUGCAUUACCAGCCUCUACAGCAAUGCGCCGGCGCUCCAUAAAUCUUUCCCGGGUCUGGUGUUGGCUGUUCGGGCAUAAAGCUCAGUGCUAUACGGUCAUGUGAUUCCUGUUUUUUUUAUUUUUUUUUUUCCUCCUCCUUCGAAGUUGAAAGGCAGGAGCAGAGCGGGGGCCCAGCUUAGACCUUCCUACUGGACGUGGAUGCAACGUUUUCGUCCCCUUUCCACCACAAUAUUCUUUGUUUCUCGCUCGGUGUGAUCGUUUUUGCUUCAACCUUUCUUUCGCGAUGGCGGGGGCUAUUAUUGAAAAUAUGAGCACCAAAAAGUUGGUGAUAAUGGGAGUUAUUCUGCUUUUGUUUCAGGCGGUCGCCUUCGUGGUCGGCGGUUUAAUGGCUCCCGGCACCACCACACCGAUUCAGUACAUGGCCACCAAGUGUGUGGACACAACCAAGUAUCGGCAGGAAUCAAAAUGGUUCAUGCCUUGGGGUCCGAACCAAUGCGACAAGAUCCGGAACUUUGAUGAAGCCAUGGCCAAGAAGAUUGAGGCCAACAACAUUGUGUUUGCGGUCCACAUUCCUCUGCCCGAAAAUGAGAUGAGCCCCUGGUUCCAGUUCAUGCUGGUCAUCCUGCAGUUUGACAUCGCAUUUAAGAUGGACAACCAAAUAGAGGAUGGAGCGAUAGCCACCAUUGAUGUGGGCCUGGCCUACAGGGACGACACAGUCAGUGACUGGACAGAGAUGGCUCACUCUUUUGAACAGAGGAAGCUCUCCUGCAAACUCACUACUGCCAAGACCUUUGAGAACGAGGGACAUUACUACGACUGUGACCCGCUUCCUUUCAUGGAGUUGGGCAGCGUGUCCCACAAGUACUAUCUUCUCAACAUUCGCCUGCCUGUCAACGAGCGGAAGAAGGUCAACGUGGGGAUCGGAGAAAUCAAAGACAUUAAUUUGGUUAGCAUCCACCAGAAUGGAGGCUUCACUAAAGUUUGGUUUGCCAUGAAGACAUUCCUCACGCUGAGCAUCCUCAUCAUCAUGAUCUGGUACUGGAGGCGGAUCACCCUCAUGAGGAGACCUCCUGUGCUGCUGGAGAAGGUAAUCCUUGCUCUGGGUAUCUCGAUGACAUUCAUCAACAUACCAGUGGAGUGGUUCUCUGUUGGCUUCAACUGGACCUGGAUGCUGCUUUUCGGGGACAUCAGGCAGGGCAUCUUCUACUCCAUGCUGCUCUCUUUCUGGAUCAUCUUCUGCGGGGAGCACCUCAUGGACCAGACGGCGAGGAACCGUUUCUCCAUCUACUGGAAGCAGGUCGGACCCAUCGUGUUUGGCUCCUUCUGCCUGUUUAUCUUUGACAUGUGCGAGAGAGGGGUCCAGCUGACCAACCCCUUCUACAGCAUCUGGGCGUCUGAUGUAGGAACUGAGCUUGCUAUGGCAUUCAUAAUUGUGGCAGGGAUCUGUGCCUGUCUCUACUUCCUCUUCCUCUGCUUCAUGGUUUUUCAAGUCUUCCGCAACAUCAGCGGUAAGAGGACGUCCCUGCCCGCCAUGUCCAAGGCCCGACGGCUGCACUAUGAGGGUCUGAUUUUCAGGUUCAAGUUCCUCAUGCUGGUCACUUUGACCUGUGCUGCCAUGACUGUCAUCUUCUUCAUCAUCAGUCAGGUGAAUGAGGGCCACUGGCACUGGGGAGAUUACACGGUGCAGGUGAACAGUGCCUUCUUCACCGGCAUCUACGGCAUGUGGAACCUGUACGUGUUCGCCAUCAUGUUCCUCUACGCACCGUCUCACAAACGUUACGGAGACGAGCAGUCAAGUGGUCAGUGCAUCACUGGAGAUACCGGAGCAAACAGUGGAGAGGAGAUCCAGCUGACUACUACCAUCACCCAUGUUGAUGGCCCCACUGAGAUCUACAAGAUGACUGGCAAAGAGGCCCAGGAGUAGAAGUCACACUGUUGUCAGGACCCUCCUCUACUACCUACUGCUCCAACGAUCCCCUCCCUCGUAGAAAUAAUCAAACGGGCUUUUCUCUUUACUUCCCCCGGCUACGAAACGGCAUCAACAACCCAGCUAGCAUGUAACUUACCAGUCCCACAGUUCCUGUCCCCUUCCAGCCCCAAACCCCUCAGCUGUGCGACUCGUUACGUGCCACCCUGUUCCCAAUCGUUUCUCUAAAGACUGAAUAUUAUCAACACUUCAGUCAGUCCUGUUCAUUUCAUUUUUUGUCUUACAUUUCAUACUUUAUGUAAACUGUCUGUUUGUAAAUAUUGCACAAUGCUUUUGACACCAAAAUAAAGGAGAUUGGAGUGUAGAGAGAGAGAACCAUUUCUUGGUUGUCAGAAGUUGCGUUUGGCAGACCUCACACUCCUGUGAUUAAAGUACAGUGUGGUUCAACAUAAUCAUUUAAGACCUGGGCAGCAAGAUUUUGUGGAUACAUUUUAGCUACUCUGUUUGAUUGUCUGACUAAUUCCUUCGUGACUGUCACCAACUCGUAUUCUUCCAUAGAAAGUAGAUCAUGUUUAGUGCUGCUGUCGAUCUUUCAAGUGGUGAUUUUUUUUUUUUUUUUUUUUUAAUAAAUAUAUAUCUUUGGAGGAAAUGUACGGACCACAUAGCCACUUUUGGAAAUGCAUACUGUACGUUUAUUAUUUUACAAUGUAGAUAUCUAUUUUUUAUAAAGUGCUUAUUUUCAACUUCACGAAAUAUAUGCAUCAAGCUCUAUCAAUGUUUUUGAAGUUGGCUGUAGCCCAUUAUACAUGUUUCUUAGUUUUUUGCUUUUUAUGCUAAUUUAAAUAAAAACAUUUACUUAA